UCAGGCCAAAUAGGUAAUUGGUUUGGAUCAGUUCAAUAAACUUAUGUAAGUUUUUACACAAAAAAAAAAAAAAAAGGUGUCCUGAGCUUUGCCCUUUUGUGUUCCCCUUGAAGCAAAACGUUCCUGUGGGUCUGACCCACAUGUUUAACUCACACCUUUGGUGCGGUGAGAGCUGCAGGGGUGUAUUUGUGCUGCUGAUGUGUGUGCUGAGAACUCAGGCACAGCCACCUCACCUGUGAUGGUGCUUUUUGAAAGGAAAAGGAAGAUCUAGUCCUCUCCUGGGCUGUAUUUCUCCGUGGCUGUGAUUCAUCUCCACUUCCAGGUGAGGAACGAGGCUUGAGAUCACUCUUAUUAUCUGCUCCAUGUCCUCACUGGGACUGACCUUGGGGAUAAAACAAGUUCCAUCCUCGUGACUCGCACCAAAUAACCCUGGGGAGAGGCAGGAGGAAAAAGAAUGUCCCUCCAGAUGGGACAGAGCUCCUGGCAAACCCCUCCCAGGGUGUCUCCCAGCUGUGCUGGGUCCCUUGAAAUGGGAAUGCCUGUGGUUGCUCUGCUGAGAUGAAGCAGCCAGAGAACCUUUUGCCUCAUCUUUUCAUGCUUGUUUUUUCUUGAGGUCAGGCAUGGGAGGAAGUUUUCUGCUGGAAGAAUUAAAAAAAAAAAAAAAAAAGAGAAGUGUUUGGUUGUUCAGCUCCGAUGUGUCCAGCACUGCAUGAUGGGAACAUCCCCUGCCAAAAGAAAAUAGCCUGGAAGACAGAGUCCUCCCCAAAGAGACAGUGAAACCUAAUCAAACUUCAUCAGUGUGGUCUUGCCCAGGACAAACAGGACCAGAAUAUUAAACUGAAAAAGGAGCAGAAGGAAACCUAUUUUCACCAGUUUUCUCUGUGUUACAAAACAGAAGGAGAAGAGUCAAUUGAUUUUCCUGUGGCUGGUAAUGUUUAAAAUGAAGAGCCAGGGUGCAUGGAGUGGCAGGCUGGAAGUAAUGGGUCCCUGGAAUAUCAGUGCUGAUAUCCCCCUGCCCUCCUAAAAUAGUUGUUGGUUUAGAAAAGGGUACAAAUAAGUUUAAAAAAUGAAAGACUCUUGUUAGCAAGGCCACGUUUGGAGGAUGAAGAAAAAGCAAACUCCAGGAUUUGCUGUGGAGGUGGUGUGUUGCCUGGUGCCCCUGAUGUGCUGAAGGAAAUUGCUGAUGUAAGAUGCAGCACUUUUGGGGUGAACUUGCUAAACACACUUCUAGGAGCCCCCAGGCUCCUGGGAAAAAAAAAGUCUGGGCUUCUCUGGUUCUUAUUGGGCUGCUGGCAUUCCUGUGCCCUCUCCAUUCCUGGCAAGGGGCAGGGAGAGGGUGUACAGGGAGCACAGGAGGAAUAACUAACUCCUAGCAGGGAAAAUAAAAGGCACCCACCCAGAAAGUCAGAAAGGAAAAGCCAAGGUCAGGCUGUUUUCCUACAAUGGGUUGGAGCUCUGCCUGUCCUACCUGAGUCUUGCUGCAGGCUGGAAAAUCAGCUCUAACAUGGCUCUGCUGGUGGCAUCCUUCACCCCUCAGCUGCUAUUCCACCUCUCCCUCUCUCAUCUGACGUGGAUCUGAACGCAAUGAAAGUGGUUGAAUUCUUUUCCCAGGGUACAGAAAACGAGGAAAUUUGGUCAGCUCACCCCAGCUACCCCCACAGCCCAGAGCUAGCUGUGUAUCACCUAUCAGCCCAGAUGCCAGGGGCAGGGAAAAUCCCUGUGGAAAUUGCAGGUUGUAGGAGUGAAAACAGUAAUAACACUCACACCAGUCCCCCAGUGAGACUCCCCAGCAGCAGCCAGCCUUUCCAGAGCAGGUGGAAACAGGAACAGCAAGGAAAGCCUCCCUGGGAGAUCUGGAGACAGAACACUGGACUGGGUGAGUUUUUCCUUUUCCACCUGUAAAAGCAGAAGUCAGUUACAGAAAGUAAAGCAAGACCUGGAUGGCAAAGUAGCUCCAUUGAAAGUUCAGGGCACUUUGAGCCUAGCACUGCUUAAUGCUAAUCCUGUAACAGUAUAUAGAUGGGCUUUUUUUUUUUUUCCUUUUACACAAAGGAGGAAGGGGCUCAGUUCUUCUGAGGGUUGGGUUUUCUUUCCCCUGAGCAGCACAGCAGCGAGCCCAGCUCCGGCUCGCUGGCAUUUCCAUCUGAAUCCACCUGAAGGGGGUGAGCUUUUGGGGAAGAAAGAGGCUCCUCUCCCUCUCCAGGCCAGAAUCUGAUCUCCAGAUUAGCUCGCUGGUUAUCAAUAGAGGCAACAGUUGUGAUUGCAACUCAACACUGCUCCAACCCUGGAAGAGCAUUGACGGGAAGGGAGUUUUCAAUUGGGAGAGCAGGGGACUGAGCCAUCCUUUCAGUCCCCAGCAAGGAUUGGCACGGGAGGACCGGCAUGCAUUCUCCAUUGACAUAGGACUUCGCCCUGCUCCACCAAGAUUGGUCUAAAAUUUCAGACCUCAUCGCUCCUCUAGUCCACAAACAGUGCCUGCAGGUGAUUUGCUGUUAUCACCAGGGAAUUCUCUCUGCACCACUCCAUGGAACAGGCAUUUCGGGUCUGCCUGGCAGGAUGAACAAACGAUCGUUUCUGGGAACCUGGGUGGCCCUUUUGGUGAUAACAGCCCGGCAGCGAGCUCACACCAUGGGGAGUCUGUAUCCAUUCUGGCAGAACGACACAAGAACACCCAAAGUUGAUGAUGGAAGCUCUCCUGAGAUCAGGAUCUCCAUCCCUUUCAUCUAUUUUGGAGUCCCCUACAGAAGCAUUUAUGUGAACAACAACGGGGUGAUCUCCUUCAACACGCUGGUCAGCCAGUUCACCCCCGAGGCCUUCCCGCUGGCCGACGGCCGCGCCUUCGUGGCGCCGUUCUGGGCCGACGUGCACAACGGCAUCCGGGGGGACGUCUACUACAGGGAGAGCACGGACCCCUGGCUGCUCAGGAGAGCCUCCAAGGACAUCCACAAGCACUUCAAGGACAUGGCCUCCUUCUCUGCCACCUGGGUCUUCAUCGUCACCUGGGAGGAGGUCACGUUCUACGGGGGGAGCAGCACGACGCCGGUGAACACUUUCCAAGCUGUCCUGAUCUCAGAUGGAGUGUCUUCCUUUGCCAUAUUUAACUACCACGAAAUCAGCUGGACCACGGGGACAGCCAGUGGAGGGGACCCCCUAACUGGUCUCGGCGGGGUGAUGGCCCAGGCUGGUUUCAAUGGAGGAAAUCUCACCAACUUCUUCAGCCUCCCGGGCUCCAGAACUCCAGACAUUGUGAAUAUCGAAGAGACAACCAACGUGAACGUCCCUGGGCGCUGGGCUUUCAAAGUAGAUGGCAGAGAAAUAGACCCUGCCAAUGGCUGCAGCCUGAGAGGGCAGUUUCUCCGCCAAGGGGAGAUCUUUUGGGACAACGCCAACUGCAGCACCAAGUGCCGCUGCCUGGACUUCGGCAAUGAGAUCCUCUGCCAGGAGGUGGCUUGCGGCCCCUUUGAGGCGUGUGAGAGCAAGGCCAGGUUCUUCCAGUGCGUGCCGGUGGAGAGCAGCACCUGCGUGGUGUUCGGAGAUCCUCACUACCACACCUUCGACGGCUUCCUCUUUCACUUCCAGGGUUCCUGCUCCUACCUCCUCGCCAGGCAGUGCUGGCCAGGCUCCCACCUGCCCUACUUCAACGUGGAGGCCAAGAAUGAGAACCGAGGCGGCUCCUCCGUCUCCUGGCUCAGGGAUAUUUUUGUGGAGGUCUACUCGCACAAGAUUGUUCUCCCCAAGGGUGGCUUUGGGAAGGCAAAGGUGGAUGACCUGGUGGUGUCCCUGCCCAUUUCUCUGGAACUGGGUGCAGUCAAAGUCUACCAAAGUGGCCUGUCCACCGCCCUGGAGACUGACUUUGGCCUGCUGGUGACCUUUGAUGGAGAACACUACGCCUCCGUCUCCGUGCCGGGCUCGUACAUCAAUGCCACGUGCGGUCUGUGUGGGAAUUACAACAAAGACCCUGAGGACGAUAUCCUCCGCUCAGAUGGGAGGUUGGCCACGUCCGUGCCAGAGCUGGGAGAGAGCUGGCAAGUGCCACAUCCUGAGAGGAGAUGCUCCACGGGCUGCUUGGAAAACUGCAGCCUCUGCGACGCCGCCACCGAGUCCCUGUAUUUCACCCCCGAGUACUGCGGCUUCAUCAACAAGACUGGGGGCCCCCUCUGGGAGUGCAGCUCGGUCGUGGACCCCACUGCCUUCAUCCACAGCUGUGUCUAUGACCUCUGCAGUGCCCCUGUGCCGAGGGAUAACGGCACUGGGCUGUGCCAGGCCAUCCAGGCGUAUGCCACGGUGUGCCAGUCCCUGGGCAUCUCGGUGGGAGAGUGGCGGACACAGACGGGGUGUGCGACGGCCGUGCAGUGCCCGGAGCUCAGCCACUACUCGGUGUGUGCCAGCAGCUGCCCUGCCACGUGCUCAGACCUCACAGCCCCGCUGGCCUGUGCCUCCCCCUGCACCGAGGGCUGCGAGUGCGACGAGGGCCACGUGCUGAGCCGGGACCGCUGCGUGCCCGCCCCGCAGUGCGGCUGCGACGUGGACGGGCGGUACUACCCCGUCGGGGAGUCCUUCUGGGCAUCCACGGACUGCACGGUGCAGUGCCAGUGCGAGGAUGGAGGGGAGGCCAAGUGCUUCAACACCACCUGCCCCGAGGGAGAGAUCUGCACCAUCGAGGGCGGCCACCGCGGGUGCUUCCCCCAGCGGGAGACCGUGUGCUUGGUGGGGCAGAGCCAGGUGCUGCAGACGUUCGAUGGCAUCACCUUCCCCUACCCGCUGGAACAGUCCUACACGCUGCUCAAAACCUGCCUGGAGAGGCCAGACUUCAUCGAGGUGGACAUCAGCCAGAAGAAGGUGGGAUCUGCUCCCAGCGGGCCGCGCGUGGUGCGGGUCCAGGCAGCCGGCCAGGAGGUGAAGAUUGGAGGCACCCGCCUGUCAGACAUUAAGGUGAACGGUUAUGACGUGGAGCUGCCCUAUUUCCACCCCUCUGGACGCCUGGAAAUCUACCGUGGUGACAAUGGCACCAUGCUGGAGUCAGAGGGGCUCCUGGCCAUCAGCUACUACGGCUCGGGGCUCCUGGAGAUCCGCCUCUCCACCUCCUACUUCAACUGCACCGGGGGCCUCUGCGGCCUCUUCAACGGCAACGCCAGCGAUGAGUUCAACCUGCCCACGGGCAAAUUCACGGACAACCUGGAGCUCUUCCUGGAGAGCUGGACCACCUUCGACGAGAUCUGCAACGGGGAGUGCGGGGACCUCCUCAUGGCCUGCAACAACGACUCGGAGCUGCUCAAGUCCUACCGGAGCCGCUCCAACUGCGGCAUCAUCAACGACCCCACCAACAGCUCCUUCCUGGAGUGCCACAGUGUGGUCAACGUCUCAGCCUACUACAGGACGUGCCUCUUCCGCCUCUGCCAGAGCGGGGGCAACGUGUCAGAGCUGUGUGACUCGGUGGCGCGCUACGCCAGCGCCUGCAAGAAUGCCGACGUGGACAUCGGCCAGUGGAGGAGCCACAGCUUCUGCCCUCUGGCCUGCCCGGAGAACAGCCACUUUGAGGAGUGCAUGAGCUGCGUGGAGACCUGUGAGAGCCUGGCCUCGGGCCCCGUGUGCACAGACACCUGCACUGAGGGCUGCCAGUGCGACGAGGGCUUCGCCCUGCGCGGCGCCCGCUGCAUCCCGCGCGGGGAGUGCGGCUGCAGCUUCGAGGGGCGGCAGCUGGCCACCAACCAGACCUUCUGGAUGGACAUCUCCUGCCACUUCCUCUGCUACUGCAACGGCUCCGACAACAGCGUGUACUGCGAGAAUGUCUCCUGCAAGGACGACGAGUACUGCCUGGAGGAGAACGGCCUCUACUACUGCCACGCCCGCACCGACGCCUCCUGCAUCAUCUCCGGCUACGGCCACUACCUGACUUUUGACGGCUACUCCUUCGACUUCCAGAGCAGCUGUGAGUUGAUCCUGUGCACCACGAUCUCCAGGCCCAGGGUGGAGCGCUCGGACACGUUCCCAGCGUUCACUGUCACGGCCAAGAAUGAGGACCGGGACACCUCUCUGGCCCUGUGGGUGAAACAAGUGGAAGUGGAGGUCUUUAACUACAACAUCGUCAUCCACCGUGCCUACAAAUACACUGUGCUGAUCAAUGAUGAGCGUCUCUACCUGCCCCUGAAGCUGGGCCAGGGCAAAGUGAACAUCUUUGCCUUCGGCUUCCACAUCGUGGUCGAGACCGACUUCGGGCUGAAGGUGGUGUACGACUGGAAGACCUUCCUCUCCGUCACCAUCCCACGGGGCUUCCAGAACCUCACCUACGGCCUCUGCGGCCGCUACAACGGCAACCCCGAGGACGACCUGGUGGCCUCGGGUGGCACAAUGGCCACCAGCAUCGCCGACUUUGUCCAGAGCUGGGCCAAGAGGGACACGUUCUGCCGCGUGGGCUGCGGCGACCGCUGCCCGGCCUGCGGGAAGGUGGAAGGCUUCUGGAAGCCCCAGCAGCUCUGCAGCCUCAUCCCGAGCCAGAGCGGGGUCUUUGCCAAGUGCCACAGCAAGAUCAACCCCGGCUUCUUCUACAAGAACUGCCUGUUUGACACCUGUGUGGAUGGGGGAGCCAUGCAGACAGCCUGCAGCUGGCUGCAGAACUACGCCAGCACGUGCCAAACACAGGGGAUUGCCAUUACUGGCUGGAGGAACUUCACCUCGUGCUCUGUCAGCUGUCCCCCCAACAGCCACUACGAGAGCUGCGUGUCCCUGUGCCAGCCCCGCUGUGCCGCCAUCCGGCUCAAGAGCGACUGCAGCCACUACUGUGUGGAGGGGUGUCAGUGUGACCCCGGGUACGUCCUCAAUGGCAAGAGCUGCAUCCUGCCCCACAACUGUGGCUGCUACUCCGAUGGCAAGUACUACGAGCCCAAGCAGCUCUUCUGGAACGGGGACUGCACCCGCCGGUGCCGCUGCUUCCGGCGCAACCUGAUCCAGUGCGACCCUCGGCACUGCAAGUCGGACGAGGAGUGUGCCCUGCGCAACGGCGUCCGCGGCUGCUUCAGCACCCGCAGCUCCUUCUGCCUGGCGGCGGGAGGGGGCGUGUUCCGCACCUUCGACGGCGCCUUCCUCCGCUUCCCCGCCAACUGCGCCUUCGUCCUCUCCACCAUCUGCCAGAAGCUGCCCGACUUCUCCUUCCAGCUCAUCAUCAACUUCGACAAGUGGUCCUCGCCCAACCUCACCAUCAUCUCCCCCGUGUACUUCUACAUCAACGAGGAGCAGAUCCUCAUCAGUGACAGGAACACUGUCAAGGUGAACGGCAGCCAGGUGAGCAUCCCCUUCGUCACGGGGCUUUCCACCAAGAUCUUCAGCCAGGAGGGCUUCCUGGUCAUCGACUCCAGCCCGGACAUCCAGAUCCGCUACAACGGCUUCAACGUCAUCAAGAUCACCAUCGGGGAGCGGCUGCAGAACAAGGUGUGCGGCCUCUGCGGCAACUUCAACGGCGACCGGACGGACGACUACGCGACGCUGCGGGGGAAGCCGGCGGUCAGCAGCGUGGUGCUGGCCCAGAGCUGGAAAACCAACGGCAUGCAGAAGAGCUGCAACGAGCUGCAGUACUCGCAAUACGCCGCUUCCUGCGACAACGUCCAGAUCCAGGAGCUGCAGAGCGACAGCUACUGCCUGAAGCUGACGGACAUGAAGGGCUUCUUCCAGCCCUGCUACGGCCUCCUGGACCCGCUGCCCUUUUACGAGUCCUGCUUUCUGGAUGGCUGCUACAACCACAAGAAGGUCCAGCUGUGCGGCUCGCUGGCCGCCUACGGGGAGGCCUGCCGCACCUUCGGCAUCCUGGGCACCGAGUGGAUCGAGAAGGAGAAUUGCUCAGGAGUGGUGGAAGAUCCCUGCGUGGGCGCCGACUGCCCCAACCGCACGUGCGAGCUGGACAACGGCGGGGAGCUGUGCGGCUGCAUCGAGCCCCCACCCUAUGGGAACACCACCCACGACAUCAUUGAUGCGGAGGUGACCUGCAAAGCCGCCCAAAUGGAGGUGUCCAUUUCCAAGUGCAAACUGUUCCAGCUGGGCUUUGAGCGUGAGGGGGUGCGGGUCAACGACCGCCACUGCCCCGGCAUCGAAGGGGAGGACUUCAUCUCCUUCCAGAUCAACAACACCAAGGGCAACUGUGGCAACCUGGUGCAGUCCAACAGCACACACAUAGUGUACAAGAACACGGUGUGGAUUGAGAGUGCAAACAACACAGGCAACAUCAUCACCCGGGACCGGACCAUCAACGUGGAGUUCUCCUGUGCCUAUGAGCUGGACAUCAAGAUCUCCCUGGAUUCAGUUGUGAGGCCGAUGCUCAGUGUGAUUAACCUGACGGUGCCGACGCAGGAGGGGAGCUUCACCACCAAGAUGGCCCUGUACAAGAACUCGUCCUACAAGCACCCUUACCGGCAGGGCGAGGUGGUGCUCACCACCCGGGACGUGCUCUACGUGGGGGUCUUUGUGGUCGGGGCCGACUCCAACCACUUGAUCCUGAUGCUGAACAAGUGCUACGCGACCCCCUCUCGGGACAGCAAUGACAAACUGCGCUACUUCAUCAUCGAGGGAGGGUGCCAAAACAUAAAGGACAACACCAUUGGCAUCGAGGAGAACGGGGUGUCCUUGACGUGUCGCUUCCACGUCACCGUGUUCAAGUUCAUCGGGGACUAUGACGAGGUUCACCUGCACUGCGCCGUCUCACUCUGUGACUCGGAGAAAUACUCCUGCAAAAUAAACUGCCCCCAGCACACGAGGAUGGCCAGCGCGUUCGCCGAGGACUCCAAGGAGCAGAUCCUCUCAGUGGGGCCUAUCAGGAGGAAGCGGUCGGACUGGUGCGAGGACAACGGGGGCUGUGAGCAGAUCUGCACGAGCCGGGCGGACGGACCCCUGUGCAGCUGCGUGACAGGGACACUGCAAGGGGACGGCAAGAGCUGCAGGGCCUCCAGCUCUUCAGGGGAACACCGUGCCCAAGUGACCCCUCUGGUGGUGGCCCAGCUGUGGCUGUGGCUGCACGUGGCUCUGCGGGACCUGACCUCGUAGGCGCGGCUCUGCCGCCCCGCCAAAAACUGUUCUCGCGUCAGCCUGAGUCUUUGUAGGGUAGGAGACAGCCCCCCCACAGUGGCCACGCUGCCUCCAACCCUCUGCUGUGAGGAGAGAAGAGGGAUGUGACCCGGAGAGAGCUCGGACGUGAAGGUGGCACGUGGCAGGCACAGCGGCAGCAACGGCAAGACAGAGCUGGAUGUCUGCCCGUGGGACUGUGCUUUGGGGGUUUUUUUUACAGGUUUCUAUCAUUGAUGUGGACUCAAGGAGGGGUUUUUGCAACUUUUCCCCAGGCUUUCCCUUACAGCUGCACUGUAGGUGGCCCUCACCGCUGUCAGUAGUGUGGGACAGGCUGGAGCGUGUGUCCCUUUGCAUGGACAGCUGUGGGUCUCCACAGUCCUUGGGAGCUGCCAUCAGGGUUUUGGGAGCUCAUGGACUCAGCCAGAGGUAGGUGUUGGGGCACAGGCUGUGGGCCAGAGCAGUGCAUUGUCACCACUGGAUGUCGUGACACCUUGGGACCGUGUCACCCUCUGGCUCUCUGGUGCUGAGGUGUGUGCUGGAGAGCCAAACUCAUCCCCAGGGCUCUGGAAGUCUUGGUUUUGUGCUGCAGUGCUGACAAGUCAGUCUCAAUAUUUGGAAAGAGGUGCUUUCUGGUGGGCAGGAACAAGAGCCAGGGAAAUGGGGGGUGGAAUUCCCUGCUGUGUUUUUGUGAUGGGCCGCAGCAGAGUUGUUUGAGGGUCGGAGCAGGGUUGGGGUCUGCUUGCACAGGGCAGCAGCAUUGGGGUGCCUGGUGGAGCAGCCUUGGGGUGCUGGUGGGUGUGGGGGGGCUGUGUUGGUGUCUUGUCUUGUGUUUGUACUCUGUGAAACGGCUGCGUGGGAAUAAAAAGUGUUGUAAUCCUUGGUAA